UUCAGGAUAGGGCUCAGCCCCGCCUCCUCCACUCUGCGGCCCCGCCUAGGACUGGACACUCCGCCCAGAGGAGGAGGCCGCCGGCGGUGAGAGCUGGUAGCAUGGGGGAGCCGGGACAAUCUCAGCAGCAACUACCGGGAUCACAGCCCGGAGUGACUGGGGAAGCCGCCGCCUCCGGCCGGGUCUGUAGAAGAGGAGGAAGAGGCAGGACCUGGGCUUGACAGCAGCAGAAGCCGCAGCAGCAGCAGCCGCAGCCGCAGCAGCUGCGGGGAGGGGACGAGCCAGGACCUGCGCAGCCCAGGAGCCCGCCUGCUCUCUCGGGAACCCCAGCAGGAGCCUGGAGCGAGGAGCAGGAGGGAGAAGCUGGGCCGGCUGCGGUGGCUGCACCUGGCGGCGGCCGGACAGACGCGGACCGGGACCCCGGGAGGAGAAGAAGGACGAGGACGAGGAGGCAGCGGCGGCGGCGGCGGCGGCGGCGGCCAGGAGGCAGAGGAUGUCGCAGCCGCCGCUGCUCCCAGCCUCGGCGGAGACUCGGAAGUUCACCCGGGCGCUGAGCAAGCCCGGCACGGCGGCCGAGCUGCGGCAGAGCGUGUCGGAGGUGGUGCGGGGCUCAGUACUCCUGGCAAAACCAAAGUUAAUUGAGCCACUUGACUAUGAGAAUGUUAUUGUCCAGAAGAAGACACAAAUCUUGAAUGAUGGUUUACGUGAGAUGCUGCUUUUUCCUUAUGAUGACUUUCAGGUAAUGGGUUUUAUUUUUUCUAUCCUUUAAACAAUGUGGUUGGGCUUUCAGGGCAAUUGGUCAGGAGAAAAGGGCAUUUGUUGCCUUUUAAUUCAGAGACUUGAUGUGACCUCUUUCUACCAGGUGAAUGUUUGGUUUGGGAUUUUUUCCUUUACUUUUUAAGUUUCUUAGAAAAAAUAAAAUGCCAGAUAUGUUUGUAAGAUCCAGAUAGUGAUACAUUUCCAACCAGCCUAUGGAGAUUGAUUUUGCUAAUAAUAUCAAUAUGACAGAAAGAAAUAUACCUGUCCAUGGGAUUAUGAGCAAAUUAAAGGGUAAAGAAACAGAGUGGAAAGAGUCCUGACUGAAGCAAGAGGACCUGGGUGUAAAUCUGUCCUUUAGUGUCAUUUACCUACCUGUGUCACUAAGGCACAGUAUUCUCAUCUGAAAAACGAAGUGGAAGGGGAUGGAUUAAGUGGUUUGUAAGAUCCCACCCCUCUCUAACUUUAUGAUAGAAAGAAACAUUUUAUUAAGAUAUAAUGCCUAUAAAUUAAGCCCUUAAAAAUGGUUUGUAGAUUGAUUAAUCAAACGUUUCUUACCAAAAAACAGCCUGGAAAAAAACCACUUUCACGUUCCUAUGUGUUAAGCAGAAUCACUAACGGUUCUUAAGCAAUUUUAGAAGCAUUUGUUUUGUAGUCUAAGAGUUAGGGCAUU